CACUGCAUAUUUAUACACUCGGAAAAUGCAUGUGGAAUGAUAUUGAAGGUGGAAAGGAAGUAAUUAAAGAAGCUGUUGAGAUUCUGAAUAUUUCAAAGAAAUUGAUUGAGAUUACGCAUGGAGAGGGAAACAUGGUCCUGGAGAAUGUCAAAGGACUAUUAGAAAUGGCCGAGAAAGAAUGUGAACGUGAAUGA